GGCGGCGGCGGCGGCCCCUUCGCAGCCAAGCGCCCCUGAGGCGGCUCCGCGGGCGCAGAGCGAGCACGGCCCCGGCCCGGCGGCGGCGGCAGGAUGAAGUUCGCCGAGCACCUCGCGGCGCAUAUCACCCCCGAGUGGCGGAAGCAGUACAUCCAGUAUGAGGCUUUGAAAGAGAUGCUAUAUGCAGCUGUGGACCAGGCCCCUUCUAUAGAAGACACAGAUGAGGACACAGUGAAAAGGUGUUUUGCCACGUUUGAAGAGAAGUUCUUCCAAACCUGUGAGAAAGAACUUGCCAAAAUUAACAUUUUCUAUUCAGAAAAGCUUGCAGAAGCUCAGCGCAGGUUUACUACUCUUCGGACUGAGUUACAGUCAACUUUGGAUGCACAGAAAGAAGCCAGUGGGGCUUCCACGCUGCAGCGGCGCAGAAAGCCGGUCUUCCACCUGUCCCACGAAGAGCGUGUCCAGCAUAGGAAUAUCAAAGAUCUGAAAUUGGCCUUCAGCGAGCUCUACCUCAGCCUCAUCUUACUGCAGAACUAUCAGAACCUGAACUUCACCGGCUUCCGCAAGAUCUUAAAGAAGCAUGACAAGAACCUGGAGACGGCGCGGGGAGCAGAAUGGCGGGUGGCCGAGGUGGAGGUGGCACCCUUCUACACCUGCAAGAAGAUCAACCAGCUUAUCUCUGAAACAGAGGAAGUGGUGACCAAUGAGUUAGAAGAUGGAGACAGACAGAAGGCUAUGAAACGUUUGCGUGUUCCACCCUUAGGAGCAGCUCAGCCUGUACCAGCCUGGACUACAUUCAGGGUUGGAUUGUUCUGUGGGUUGUUCAUUGCACUGAACGUCACUGUCAUACUUUCAGGUGUGGCUUUUAUAGAUGGACCAAAUGUGUGGCCACUGGUGAGAAUCUAUCGAGGUGGCUUUCUCCUGAUAGAAUUCCUCUUUCUCCUGGGUAUCAACACAUAUGGCUGGAGACAGGCUGGAGUGAAUCAUGUCCUCAUCUUCGAACUCAAUCCCCGUAGCAACUUGUCCCAUCAACAUCUCUUUGAGAUUGCUGGUUUCCUGGGGGUUUUGUGGUGCCUGAGCCUGCUGGCAUGUAUAUAUGGUAAAUUCACCUACAUCCCUAUGCAGGUGAAUCCACUCAUCUUGUACGGCUUCAUGUUGCUUUUUCUCAUCAACCCUACCAAAACCUUAUAUUACAAGUCCCGUUUUUGGCUGCUCAAACUAUUGUUUCGAGUGUUCACUGCUCCCUUCCACAAGGUAGGCUUCGCAGAUUUCUGGCUGGCUGAUCAGCUCAACAGCCUGGUCGUGAUACUCAUGGAUCUGGAAUACAUGAUCUGCUUCUACAGCUUUGAAGUUCAGUGGGAGGACAAUGCUGGACUUCUGGCAAAUACAGAUAAUCAGAUUUGUUACAGCUACUCCUACGGAGUGAGAGCGGUUGUCCAGUGCAUCCCUGCUUGGUUGCGAUUCAUCCAGUGCCUGCGCCGUUACCGUGAUAACAAACGGGCCUUUCAUCUGGUUAAUGCUGGAAAAUAUUCCACCACCUUCUUCGUGGUGACAUUUGCAGCCCUCUACAGCACUCACAAAGCUAAAAACCACAGUGACACCCAAGUGUUCUUCUACCUGUGGAUUAUCUUCUAUUUCAUCAGCUCAUGCUAUACCCUAAUUUGGGACCUGAAGAUGGACUGGGGUCUCUUUGACAAAAAUGCUGGUGAAAAUACCUUUCUUCGAGAAGGAAUUGUCUACCCACAGAAAGCAUAUUACUAUUGUGCCAUUGUAGAAGACGUGAUCCUGCGUUUUGCGUGGACCAUCCAGAUCUCCCUCACUUCCAUGCAAAUCUUUCCGUACGCUGGGGACAUCAUUUCUACUGUAUUUGCCCCACUUGAGGUAUUCCGGCGGUUUGUGUGGAACUUCUUCCGUCUGGAGAACGAGCACCUGAACAACUGUGGUGAGUUCCGUGCCGUGAGGGACAUCUCCGUGGCGCCGCUCAACGCCGAUGACCUGACGCUCUUGGAUCAGAUGAUGGACCAGGAAGAUGGUGUACGAAACCGCCGCAAAAACAAACAGUGGAAGCGCAGCCAGAGCGUCUCCUUGCGCAGACCUCGUCUUGCUUCACAGUCCAAGGCUUGUGACACUAAGGUAUUGAUAGAGGACCUAGCGAAUGAAGCGAACACAUGAGAUGGCCACGGUCUCUUAUUCCGCAUCCUUUGUUUUCUCGUUCUGUUCCCCUCUUCCCCAAGUAACCCGAUCUCUGGUACAGUUCCAGCUGAAAACAGGAGAAAACACUGAACACGUUUUCCGAGCUCUUCCAGACCAGAUCCUAUGGACUCCAACAAGCUCACUGUGUUUCGUUUCUUUUCUUCUGGGUUAAUUUUAAUGUUCUAUUUUAAAAAAAAAAAAAAAUAAAAUAUUUUACUUUGUUUUGCCAAUAAAGAGGACAGUUCAGGAAAGAAGGAUUGUUUACAGUCUCAACAAGGACAUACAAACCUAUCUGGAUGACGAAGCAUCAUAGGGACUCCCUCAUGGGACAGUGCCGAGAGCACACUCGGUUUCUGCUUGGCCCGGUUUUGACUGGUUGAAACCGGACUUAAGUUUUUAAAUCUGAUUUUUUUGGUUUUGUUUGUUUUUUUCUUCAUAUCCAGCGCUGAGGCACUGGCUGCACUUGCAGGAAAAGUGCACUUAGAGCAGUAUCUUCAUUCAUGAAGCUACUUUUUAAUUUGAUGUAACUUUUCUUAUAAUUUUUUGGAAAUAUGAUGUAUCUGUUGCAUAUAGUUUUCACAUUAUUUAUGAAACUUAACAACCAUAUGAGAGUGAUUUUGAGUCCUGUGCAAUGAAGGUUGUAACGGUAAAACAAAGCCGGGAAUGUAGAUCUCGAUCUCCAGGGUUGUGGGGUUAUGCCCUGCAAAUACCCUUCUCGUGAGACAACUUGCACCUGUGUUUACCUUUUCUCUCUUUCUUUCUUUUCAAUUUUAUUUUAUUUUAAACCAAAGUUUCUCUUUCUGAUUUUUUUAGUUGCUGCUACUGCUUCUGGGCAUGUCUCUUGUGCCGGUUCAACGCCAACUUUCCAUGCAGCUGUGUGAAAGUAGUGCAGAUGAUCCUAAGGCCCUUUUGAGAGGAGAGUUGGGUCCUACCAACAGUGCAAAAAAACCUAAGCGAACAAAGGCUUCAGAACUUCAUUCUCCAGAUCAAACAGUAUUUUUUCAAAGCCUUAAUAAUCCUUCGAUGGCAUGAGGGCAUCCCAUACCGAGCAGGGACCUUUUCUGGUGUUCUCCUGCAGCCCAGCGUGGCAAAAGCGGGACAAGGCGAGGAGGCGAUGGUUCCCAGGGCGGGGAGUUUAGCAGGCUGGGGUUCAGGAGUGGUGGUGUGUUAGAGAGCUGUCGGGGAGUGUGGAAAGGACUGCGUUGUGCCCACCUGAUGGGGAAGGUGAAACUGAAAACAGGUCUCCUCGUGGCUUCUGGUUUGGCAAAAAGGCUCUGCCGGGUGCUAUCCCGGUAUGCUGCCCUGUGGCUCGGCUGUUACUCGUGCCCCUUGCCUUGUCUCACGCAGUUUUGGAAGUACGAUACUAUUAUGCAGACUCGGGUAAAGGGCAGGCGUAUUGCUGAGCAAAUUAUGUCGGAAGAGCAAUGCUAACUCGAUGGUCUUGUUGGUCUCUCCUCCUGUAGGAAAGGAAACGGGGGCCCGCAGAGUCCCGCUGUCCUUCCCCUGCUCUCU